AUGUCAGGCUCAGAGAAUUCAUUGGUGAUAUCAUUUGGUGAGAUGCUUAUAGAUUUUGUUCCGGACACAGCUGGUGUGUCUUUGGCUGAGUCUCAUGGUUUCAUCAAAGCUCCUGGUGGUGCUCCGGCAAACGUGGCUUGUGCCAUUGCCAAACUCGGUGGCAAUGCUGCCUUCAUCGGCAAGGUGGGGGAGGAUGAAUUUGGAAGGAUGCUUGCUAGCAUAUUGAAGAAAAAUGGUGUGAAUACAGACGGUGUUCUAUUUGACACCGAGGCUAGAACUGCAUUGGCUUUUGUGACCUUAAAGAAAAAUGGAGAGAGGGAGUUCAUGUUUUAUAGAAACCCUAGUGCUGACAUGUUACUAAAAGAAUCUGAACUGAAAAUGGAUUUGAUUAAGAAGGCCAAGAUAUUCCAUUAUGGAUCUAUCAGUCUUAUUACCGAGCCAUGCAGAUCUGCGCACAUGGCUGCCAUGAAAGCUGCUAGAGAAGCUGGUGCCUUGUUGUCAUAUGAUCCAAAUGUCAGGCUACCUUUGUGGCCUUCUGCUGAGGCUGCUAGGUCUGGAAUCAAAAGUAUUUGGCUUGAAGCUGAUUUCAUUAAGGUGAGUGAUGAUGAGGUUGAAUUUCUUACACAAAAAGAUGCUCAGAGUGAAGAAGUUAUUAAGUCUCUGUGGCAUGACAAGUUGAAGCUGCUUCUUAUCACCGAUGGAGAGAAGGGUUGCAGAUAUGUCACUAAGAAUUUUAAAGGAAGGGUAAGUGGAUUCGCAGUGAAUGCAGUUGACACAACUGGUGCUGGUGAUGCUUUUGUUGGUGCACUUCUCACAGCUGUGGCCAGAGACACUUCCAUAUUCGAUAAUGAAGCAAACCUGAGAGAGGCUUUGACAUUUUCAAAUGCUUGUGGAGCAAUGUGUACAACACAGAAGGGAGCUAUUCCUGCACUUCCAACUGCUGAAGAGGCUAAGAAAUUCAUCAGCUCUACUAAAGCCAAUUAA